CCUAUUGGUCGACGCGGUUCUCACGCGCGUCACAGUGAUCCCCGGUCGUGUCCGGGUAAGAUGGCGUCGGAAGAGCAGUGCUCGGCACCACCUCAAUGGCGGUCAAUAUCUCUUACACAUGUAGAGUUUCCAAAAGACGACCUAACUGGACAAGUGCUGGCCUACAUUAGUCUGUUCCCCAUCGCAGUUCUGGUGGGCUUUGUAACACUCAUAAUGUUCAAACGAGAGCUGCACACGAUUUCGUUUUUCGGUGGACUCAUCCUAAAUGAAGUGGUGAACUGGCUACUGAAGCACAUUAUUAAGGAGCCACGCCCAUGUGCAGGGGCGCAUACUACUCUGAACACGGACUAUGGGAUGCCUUCUAGUCACUCUCAGCUCAUAUGGUUCUUUGUUGUGUAUUUCUUUCUCUUCCUUUAUUUAAGAAUGCAUCAAACAAACAAUGCUCGGUGUGUCGACCUUCUCUGGAGGCACAUCCUGUCCAUCGUCUUGUUGGGCGUGGCCUUAUUAGUUUCCUACAGCAGAGUCUACCUGCUGUAUCACACCUGGAGUCAGGUAUUCUGGGGGGGCGUGGCUGGCAGUGCCAUCGGCAUCACUUGGUUCUUCUUCACACAAGAGGUCCUGACGCCAAUAUUCCCUAAAAUAGCUGCUUGGCCGAUAUCUGAGUACUUCCUGGUGCGAGACACAAGCCUUAUCCCAAAUAUCUUAUGGUUUGAGUACACAGUGACCAGAUCAGAGGCCAGGAACAGGCAACGAAAACUUGGAACAAAACUUCAGUGAUCUCCAAUGAUCUCAUUUUGAAACUGCAUUUAAGAGCACACACUCACACAAUGACCCACACAGACACAGACCAGCGCUCAGUGGAGGAGCACAUCGGGGCCCUCUCUGGGACUGAGGUGGUAUUGAGGAGAGCCAAAGCGUUUCCAGGUGUGGGACUGGCCCCGGGACCUUGGGGCCCCUGAGCGUACUCAUAGCCUCUCGUUCUCCCACAGCUUGCCUAGAUGCUCUCUCAUGCAUGCAAGACUGUUUCCAAGAGGCAUACUAUUUAAUGAUAGAUUAAUAUAUAUUUUAACUGUAAAUGCACGCUGACAAGAAGCCUCGUACUGUAAGAUGCAAGGCGCCCAAAAAGGUCUUUGGUCAAGACUCAAGCAAAUUGGUGGGUGUCAUUACAGCAUGUAAUUGUUGAUCCAUUUUGUUUCCUAUUUAAGGUGGAUAGCUGGGUAUUUAAUUUUAAAUAAUGGGUUAAAUGUGCUUGGGGAGGGGGGUGGUUGAUGCGGGUCUGAUUUGGUCAUGGCGAGGGUUGGUUUUGAGUGGUAUUACCAUGUAUUUUUCAUUGUAUAAUAGAAACAUAAAUUUGGUUAAGAUUUGAAGCAAAAAUACAAUUUGGGCUUUGACAUUUCUACGUUCAGUCUACCACUAGUUAGAGGCCCCUCUUAUACCUGUCUGUUUCUGGAACCGUCGGGCCUUUGUUCGGUUCCAAAGCUGAUUUGCAAGCAAUGUCCAUUUAGUGUACACUUAAGUACUAUUGUGUAUUAGGUCUUUCUUGUUUCUUUUCCUUUUUAUGCUUGAGGAAGGGACCAUAUAUAACAAACUCUCAGUGGUAAUUUCCUUUACUCUACAAAAUACGUUCUUUCUGUGUCUCGUCUUAAAGUAGCAGAUGGGGAGCUGAUAUCCAGGAGUCCGUUUCUAAUUGUUAUGAUUUUUUUUUAUAUUUUCUGUUGGAGUUCUUUUACUUUUUUAACUGAAGUUGAAGGUUGACAUUCCGUAUCAUUUAGUGACAAGACCUUCAACUGUUGAGGGAUUUUUUUUAAUUCCCAAGUUUUUUUGUAGCAUGUUAUGAUUUGUUCCUCACAACAAGGGCAGCUAGUGUUCGCGGUUGUGGAGUGAGGGGGCGGGACCUGGAGCUUGUUUGUAAAUGUCCAUACCUCCACCGAGGGAAGAUGUGUCACUCAUAUCAGGCUGAAUAAAGAAAUGUGUUUAUGUACAAAC